AUGAUGAUGUCCAACCUUCCAGAUGAUUUGGUAGAGGAGAUUCUCUCUAGGGUUCCGUUGACAUCUACGAGAGCAAUGAGGUCUACUUGCAAAAAGUGGAACGUUUUAACCAAAGAUCAAAGCUUUACAGAUAAGCACAUCCGCAUGAAUGUUGUAGCCGCAGCAGGAGAACGAGAGUUUCUGAUAAUCAUGAAUUUUAAGGCUUAUUUGAUUGGCGUCAAUCUCCAUGAUAUUAAAAACAACAAUGUUGAUCUAUCUAUAAAGUGUAAAGGUAAACUUAUUAGCCUGGACAACUUAGAUAACGUGUUCACCGUCUCUCACUGCAACGGUUUAUUGCUAUGCUUAUCACUAGUAAGAAACGGCGAUCCUAGGCUUGUGAUUUGGAACCCGUAUUGUGGGAAACCAAAGUGGAUCAAACUUAGAUCUAAUUACACGACAGUCGACAGGUUUGCUCUCGGAUACGACAAAUCCUGCAGUAGCCACAAAAUAUUGAGGCUUUUAAGUAAUAAACUAAGUGACUACGGAAUUUACCAUUUGAGCUCUGAUUCAUGGAUGGUUCCUAGUACUGUCAUUCUUGAACGGGAUAUGGUGUACAUGCAAUCAUGCGUGUCUUUAAAGGGAAAUACUUACUGGUGUGCAAAAGACAAGACAUCAAUCAGUUCUUACUUACUUUGUUUUGAUUUUACAAGAGAGAGAUUUGGACCGCGUCUGCCUUUGCCUUUGCCUCUGCCCUUCAUUAGAGAAGUUUUUGAGUCUCUAUAUGUGGUUAGAGAUGAGAAGCUUGCGAUGUUAUUACAGCGAACGGAUACAUUUGAGUAUGAGAUUUGCGUUACGAAUAAGAUUGAGCCCAAUGCAGUGUUAUGGAAAAAUUGA